AUGUGCCUUUCUCGUACGUUGGUGCCAAUGUAUUCCAGAGUGAUCGUGACACUACUGAAGGGUUCAACACACGCUCACAACGUUUCAACCAUUGGUUAUAUCAGUACCAACAACCCACCAAUUAUUUUGGCCCUUCGAAAAAUUGUGUACACUUAUAAGGGGAUUCUGGAGUACCGUUUGUCUCUCUCUUUUAUGAUGCCCACCAUCCCCGGCAAUGAGCCUCGCAACGCGGAAUGUGAGCACUACAGUGAAGAUGUAUCUCGAGGACGCGGCGGUCUAUACUCAAACAGACCUCCGAGCUCAGUCAACAGAACUGCAGCCAUCUACAAAAACUGA